GAGUCUCUUAUAAACAGGGAAAGUUUGACAAGUGUGCCUCAGUUUCUCCAUAGUCGCUUACUUGGAUUUGGUGACUGAUCUUCAGAGGUGACGGAGUAAGUCCCUACAGGGCUCUCCUUCUCUUUACUUCUCUCCAGCUAGAACUCCCUCAAGAUGGGUGACUGGAGUGCGUUGGGAAGACUUCUUGACAAGGUGCAGGCCUACUCCACGGCCGGAGGGAAGAUCUGGCUCUCCGUGCUCUUCAUCUUCCGGAUCCUAGUUCUGGGAACAGCAGUGGAGUCGGCCUGGGGUGACGAGCAGUCAGCUUUCAAGUGCAAUACUCAGCAGCCCGGUUGUGAGAAUGUCUGCUAUGACAAAUCGUUCCCCAUCUCGCACGUGCGCUUGUGGGUGCUUCAGAUCAUCUUCGUGUCCACGCCUACGCUCCUGUACCUGGCGCACGUUUUCUACCUGAUGCGCAAGGAGGGGAAGCUCAACCGCAAGGAGGAGGAGCUUAAGGCCGUGCAAAACGACGGUGGUGACGUCGAGCUCCAUCUCAAGAAGAUCGAGCACAAGAAGUUCAAGCACGGCCUGGAGGAGCACGGCAAGGUGAAGAUGAAGGGUGCCCUGCUGCGCACCUACAUCGUCAGCAUCCUUUUCAAGUCCUUCUUUGAGGUGGGCUUCCUGUUGCUCCAGUGGUUCAUCUACGGCUUCAGCCUGUCCACUGUGUACACAUGCGAGCGAUUGCCUUGCCCUCAUCGGGUGGACUGCUUCCUCUCCCGCCCUACGGAGAAGACCAUCUUUAUUAUCUUCAUGCUGGUGGUUUCGCUUGUCUCACUUAUGCUCAACAUCAUCGAGCUCUUCUACGUGCUCUUCAAACAGAUCAAGGACCGUGUGAAAGGCCGCCAAAACCAGUUCCCCACCGGCACCUUGAGCCCCACGCCAAAGGAACUGUCCACAACCAAAUACGCCUACUACAACGGUUGCUCCUCGCCGACCGCGCCGCUCUCGCCAAUGUCGCCUCCGGGCUACAAACUAGCCACCGGCGAACGGACCAACUCUUGUCGCAAUUACAACAAGCAAGCCAACGAGCAGAACUGGGCCAACUACAGCACAGAACAGAACCGUUUGGGCCAGAAUGGCAGCACCAUCUCCAAUUCGCAUGCUCAGGCCUUCGACUACCCUGACAACACGCACGAGCACAAGAAACUGACACCGGGCCACGAGCUACAGCCAUUGGCGUUGAUAGACGCUCGGCCGUGCAGCCGUGCCAGCAGCCGAAUGAGCAGUCGAGCAAGGCCUGAUGACCUGGACGUCUAGCUGUGCGACUUGGUGCCACGUCACGACACUAGAGGACUGACACGGGCAAUGAGACGCGUUCAUUUCCUGUAAUGAGGGGGCGGGGCUUCAUCCGCGCAAGUUCCUCACACUAGACUCUAGUCGAUACAGAGACAUAAAAUUACUCACAAUGCUGGAGGUACUAUUCAUUAAUAAUGAUGUUGAAACUAGCAGAGCUAACAUGCCCUAACAACCGAACAGCCAGGGGGACUCGAAAGGGGCACAAGUGGGGCCAAACCUGGCGCGUCUCUCAAUUCUGCCCACCAGAAUAUGCCUUGGUUAUGUGAUUGAUUUUGUUGUGCUUGUUAGUAUUGGGUUUAUCAAAAUGCCACACAACGAUUCCAUUUUUACAAGUUGCACUCCUACAGUAGAUGUAGAUUUGUGUUUUAAACCCCCCCUACAGUCAAUCCUGGUUAUUACGUCACGUGUUCACGUGACCUCACAUCCACAUUGUCCAACAGGGUGUUCGCAGUCAUGAAUUAAUAUUUAUUUAUUCGUAACGAUUAACAGGAUAUCCACCACUAGAUGAAGAUUGACUACUACUCAAGGUCAUGUCUACAUAAUUAAUACCAUCCAAGUGCAUAUUUAUUGACAAUAAUCAAAAUUUCAGCAAUACAUUCAUCAGCAAAUAGUUUUUUUUUUUUUAUUAAUCACAGUGGACUGUCAUUUUCCUGAUAAACUUUGAAUUUAUGUGGUGUCGGUUUUUGUUAUUUGAUGAUAUUUGUUGAUUUUUUUGGGUCGUGGUAUGAAACAGAAAUGUCUAUGUGUGGACUGAGCUGCUGUACCAACUGUUACACGGCUUGAUUUUCUUUUCUGCAUUUUGAUUUUUGCUGAAAUUAUCCUUAAUGGUGUGGGAGAGAAAGGCUUAUUUUUGUUCUCAUUUUUAAAUGUCAUUCUUUUUCUUUUUGAAGGGCAGAUGGAAUUAAUUAGUUUUGAAUUAGAAUAAGUAGAAUUAAUGUCUUACCUUUGGAGUGAAUGACCUUUUUAACUCAAUGUAAUCAUUGCUGCUUGAGAGAUAGAGUCUUAGUACUGUAAAUCAAUCUAACUAUGUCACAAAUGUGAGUUUUUUUUUUAGAAGACUGCUUUUUAGAGCUGGACUAAUAUUUAGUCAGUUAUAUUAAGAUAUAUAUGCCAGCGUAGCUCCACAACUACCAACACUAGUAGAUUAAAUUUCAUUAUGGACAUUCUUUGUUUUGAUUUUUCAAAUUGUGUAUCAUAGUAUAUUGGUACUCAUUUACAGAGACUCAUGGAUUUUUCAGCUACAAUGGUGUUUGCACUGAGAUUUUGGCUAGAGUGUUAUUUGAUGCAAAAAUGACAAAAAGUUCUCUGUUAUGCACGUAACUAAUUUAUUUUACAACAAACUACAAGGUGCAAAAUCACUAUACUUUAACAGUGCUCUCCUUGGGUUUGGGACGUUGAGUGGCUAAGGCAAGAUUUUGCAUCUGGUAAAUAGCACAAAUUGGGUUUUAAAUCAGAACAACACUGAUGUAAUGUCAUUCCAUGGGAAUCCGCUGUCGUAUGGUGCGCAUGACAGUGGAAAAAACGAGCAAUCAAACAAAAACGGACAUUAAUCAAAUCUGUGAAACAGCAAUUUAACCAAUAAAUAUUUUUCUUUGUCAUUUUGUAUUUGUGUCUCAGUCAAACUCUUUUAUUCGACCACACUAAUGCUCAAACUGUGUUUCCAAUAUACACUUACUCAUUUCAGUAUUUUUGUUUACACCCAACGAGAGGCUUACAAUC